AAUUCUUCAAUCAGCCAGUUUCUCUUGUGUCGUGUGAGAGGUGGUUGUUUUUUUCUCUAAUUAAUAUUACUUCCUCUAAAUUUCAGGGAGUGAUAUAUCGUGGCGAUUAUGUAGAUAUUUAUUCUCAUGCUUAAAAGUAUCUCCUAAUAUCUGAGUGCUUAACAAUGUCAACCGUUCUUUUAGCUGUUGUCGCAGUUAUACUGUGUAUACUUUUCCGAAUAUUAAAUGUUAACAGCCAGGCCCAAAAACCAGUGAUUUAUGGAAAGGAUAGAAAUUUUAUUGAGAACAUAUUAUUUAUUUCACCGUUUCUCAAUGAACAAUAUAUACCAACUCGACUGUGGGGCUUUAGCGGUCAUGUUCAGACCAUUCUUCACAGCCUGAUCGGCCGCGUGCGAUGCCCGUGGCCCAUUGGCGGUCGAAUCUCAUUGGUCCUGCCUGAUAGGUCUACACUUACCUACGAUCUGUAUGAACCAGUUGGAUCUGAACAUGAAGAUGACGUGACUGUCGCGAUCUGUCCCGGCAUCGGCAACACGUCGGAGAGCGUGUACAUCCGCACAUACGUCCACUACUCGCAAUGCCACGGCUACAGGUGCGCGGUGCUCAACCACAUCGGCGCUCUCAACAGCGUGCCGGUCACCGGACACAGGAUUUUCUCGUACGGCCACACAGAUGACUACAACUACAUGAUAGAGAAUCUUCUAGAACGAUAUCCUAACACUAAGAUAAUUCUAGUCGGAUUCAGUCUUGGUGGCAAUCUUGUUACCAAAUAUUUAGGCGAGGAUCGGAAGAGGCCCUCUAACAUUAUCGGGGGAAUUUCCAUCUGUCAGGGAUACAACGCGAUUGACAACAUGGUAUAUUUGCUCCAAUGGCAAAACUUCCGUCGCGUGUACCUGUACAUAAUGACAGACAACUAUCGCAACAUCAUAACUCGACACAAGAGGAUGCUUCUCAGUCCGGAUACGAAGAGCCGGUACAACCUGGACGAGAAGGCGAUCGUCUCGGCCGGAACCCUGCCUGAUCUCGAUGAGGCCUAUUCCAGGAGAGUGCACGGAUUUGAAUCGGUGGGCGAUCUUUACAAGUGGAGUUCGUCGUACUUUUACUUGGAGAAUAUAAAGACACCGAUGAUAUUCGUAAAUGCGCGGGACGACCCAAUAGUUCCUGAACCGCUAUUGCCAACUAUCAGGGAGUUUGUCAGUUCACACGACAAAGCCAUGUACCUCGAACUAGCCCACGGCGGCCACCUCGGUUUCUACGAGGGGGGGCUGGUGUACGCCAAUCCCGUGACGUGGCUCGACCGCGCCUUGGUGGGCCUCGCGGGGGGGCUCCUCAUGGCCCACAACAAGUGCCCCCAAACCGCCCACAGCGACAGCGAAGCGAGCGUCUUCCACGACGAACCUGACCUUAUCAAAUCGUCGACCAUCGUUUAUAGAGACCCCUUAGAAAAAGUAAAGCUCACUAAUGUAUAAUAGGCCUAUUUUAUAAUAAUUAUAAGAUUCUGCGCGUAAUAUAAUAUAUGCGGAAGGAGAAUUGUUUUGAAAAACAUAAUUUUAGUUAAUAAUGCUGAAAAAGAACAUUGAAAAGAGAUGAAGCACUUUCAGAAGAACUAUGAAAAACAUUACCAGUGUGAGGAAAAUGAAACGACGGUUCUCUAACCAUACAUAUUACUUACGCAAAUUGAGCGACUCUGUGAGCAACUGAUGAAAGUGUCUGUACAAAAUAAACGGUAUUUACCAAAGCCUAACCGUUCGAAUUUUAUAUGUACUUUUAUUGUUUAGGUACCCAUAUGUAGUGUCUGAAAAUUGUACAGGUACAAUUUUUAGAUAACUACAUGUUUGUUGAGCGAAAUGGCCUCGUUUAGUUAUUUCGUUGUAUUUUGGUCAGUGUGAAUAAAUGAGGUAGAUUUCUGUGAUUAAAAUUUCUUUAUGAAACCCAAGUGUUACAAGUGUUAUUAAAUUUCAAUAUAGAUAGGUACAUUUAUCCACGCUGAUCAAACGGAGAUUAUAAAAUGUGAUAUUUAUUGCAAUUAUGUUAUGUACUUAUCAUAGAAUUCUUAUUUAUUUAAUUAUCUUCGAAUUCUUUUAUUCGUGGGUGCAUAAAAAAUACAAAACAAAAAAAGGAAAUUAAAAAUGUUAAAUUUAGGACAUUUGUAGAAUUUUUAUAUAUUGCAAUAUAAGAUCGGAGAAAAGGUUCUUUUAACAAGUUAAAAUAAAAAAUAUAUAUAUUCAUAUUUUUUAUUGGUCUAUAAAAUUAUUUUGUUAUUUCAGUCUUGUCAACGAAUUAUAAUUUUUCAGAUAUCGACAAGAAAAUUUUCUCCGACCUUAUAUAAAAAAGUUUUGAUAUUUGCUGCAGGCAUAAAUAGUACAUUUAAUUACAUGUUGAUAAUAUAGCAUUCCAUGUAGACGAAUGUUUGAAGUUUCAAGCUCAUUGUCUUGAUUGUGAUGAGAUGAGAUUUCUAAUUGGCUCUGAUGACAAAGCAAGCGACCAACUAAUUUAAUUUGAAAUGUUCAAUUUCUGCCCAAUCUAUUGGAAUAUAGGAGAAACAGAUUCGGUCGUAUCGUUAUUUCAAAUAAAGAUAAAUUAAAUCCCAAUCAUAUAAAUCCCAAUAAUAUAUGAAAAAUUAAAUGUUUUGCCAGGAGCAGUUUGUUUCGAAUGAGAAAACAUUUGACGGCACCAACUGCAGAAAAAGAUCGUCAAUAAUUUUGCAUAGUGUAAAAUUUGAAAAAAUGUUGCUAUGGCCUUAAAAAAGAUAUAUUUUUGCAGUUACUGUUUCUUAGAAGAUUGCCAGUGGGUGUUUAAUGUACCUACUUAGUGUAUAUAUAUAUGCGAAAAUUCCAGUGCAUUUCUUCAUGUGCAUUUUGUUCUUUCAAAGAAAGUUGUAGAACGUGUUUAUGUAUGUAUAUUGUAUAGAUAUUUAACUAAUAAAUAUUGUUAUCCAAAUAAUGUGAUGUUGUUAAGACUGGCGUUUGAUAAGAUGUGCUAUGGUAUGCGACGACUUAAAGAAAAGUACGCCAAUUAGGUAGUUACAUAUUAUUGGCAUUGAAUUGUCGAUGGAAUAAUCCAGUUGAUAUUUUUUCUAACACUUUCUUAACAUAAAGGAUGCCUUCUUGCUAGGACUAGGUGAACGGAUGGAACGGAACUUUUAUACAAUGUGUAAAUAAAGAAUUUUAACAGUGAGGCUUUAUAAAUGUCAGACCUCACGUCCUAGCAGGCGUCACAAUGUGUUCGUAGAGCGUAGCUCUACGAGCGUAGCACUGGGAUAAUAAUAUGCACGACUGAUAUUUUGUUCACAUGGAGAGUUGAGCCAGUACUGAGAUGGACACGCCGUAUUUGUGAACAUCACUCGUAUGAAUGUUGAAUAGGAAAUUGUUUUAUUUCUGCACAAAUUUUAAUUUAUUAAUGUUGUAUUAAAUGUUAAAAAUUUCAAUGCCUCCAAUAAGUGGCAUAAAAGCAAUGCUUCGCUGUCUGAUUAAAAUUACACGAAUGUUAUGUUAAACGAGCUUUGUAGAUGUGUAAUCUCGAACUAUAUUGGAUUAAUAUUAUAAACAACGAUAUACUAUGACCAUAUUUGAUACAAGGUAUAUUUUUGUACGAAAUGAGGCUAGUCUAUUCAAAAUGCCUAAUUGAAAAUUAUAUUCUAGUGUUCGCUCUGCUGUUGUACGAGUUAAUAAUCAAAACUUUGUUCAACGAAUUUAUGCCUUGGUUCAGUUGAACUGAACUCAUGAAGAUGUAUUCAAAUUACAGUUGCCUUUCUUUGUCGAAACAGGUAUUUUUAAUUUACCGUCUUUAAAAAAGAAGGAUGUUUUAAAUUAGAUACUAUUUUUUACAAACUCUGUAUUGCUCGCAUAUCCGAACUCUUAAUCCAUUUUUUUUUGUUUCAAAAUUUGGGAAAGUGACAUUUACCACAACUCAAUUUCUGUUGAAUCUUAUCCAUAUUUAUUUUUUAGAUUGUAUUGUUUUAUUUUAUUCUAAAAUUAUGACAGAUUUCUUUUCGUUGUUAACAUGAAACACAAAUUUUGUAUAAAAAAAUCGUUAGCAGUAAAACACAGUAAUGGUCAAUUGAUUAAUUUCAUUAAAAAUCAAUGACAUCCUGUAGUUUCAAUUUUAAAUUGCGUGAUAAAUGUUGCACUGAUUUAAUGACAAUAUGUAUAAGAAUGAAAGAAAUACAAUUUUUAUAACAAUGCAUACAUGUUAGUAUCUGAUUGUUCUGUUAUAAAGUAGGUAGAUACGUUUUCCCGUGAAAUUCCAACCCGGGCCGGAGCCUUUACAGAUUUAUUUAAACAUAUUGUCUUAGAUAAAACAAAAAGUGUACUGCUUAUGACAUGUAUCGGCAAAUUUAAAUGUACAAAGUUCAAAAUGGACGCACAAAAGGAUACUUAGGUGUUUAUUUCUGCAUUUUCUUAAAAGACUCAAUGGAAAUUUGUUUGUGUUAUGUCCUGCCAUUUUGAGAAGUUAAAUAGCUUGUGAUGAUUUAAGAAGGUAUUCACUUAAAUGUAAUAAAUACUAAUGUGAAAAUGAAACACAA